AUGAUUAUUGAGGAAUUAAAUAAUAGAGAUGAUUCUGAGAUUUCUAACGCUUAAAGUAUUGAAUACACUUUCAGUGAGAAACUAAAGUUUACAGAUAUACUCACGAGAUCAUUGUCUCUUUAAAAGCGAUUAUCUGAGCUAGAUUAACCACAUAAGUUUACAAUUUAACCUAUAACUGGAAAUGAAUACGGGAUGAUUCUAAUUGAAUAGCCUAUAAUUCCAACUAUAUAAGAGCAGAGAUUAAUGGUAAAUGUAUGUAUGUUAUAGAGUUUAAGUGCUCUUAGAGGCUGUAUGAGAAUAGGGAUCGUUUCAAGAAUAAAAACUCAAGAAAGCAAAUUUGUCCUGAAAAAAUUUAAUAAUCAUGGGUGCUUUAUGUUUUCUUAAGAUGGGAUAAUCCUACAUGAUCAAGAUUAAAAAUAGAAUUUAAAAAAGAUAACUGAUUUCUCUUUGAUUCAAGGAGAUAUCUUACAUCUUGUUUAUGAAAGCCCAUCUAAGACUUUUUCAAUAGAAAACCAUAGUGCUAAUACAAUCCAUACUUUACAUAAUGUUGAUUUAGAUAAUAAAGAGAAUAUAGAUAUUAUAAAUAAUAUGGAUUAAUCCAGUAAUGAAGAAAUAGAUUAAAUUAAAUAGAAUAAUUAUGAUAAAAACUAUUCUUUUAUUUCAUCUGUUUCGGAUCAACAAAAAUUUUAAUAAAAAAAAAAUCAUGCAACUUAAAAAAACUAAGUCAUAGGAAAUAGAUAUUAAAUUACUGAAGAAGAGGAAGAGCUGGAUGAACAAAUCGAAACUUAUCAUUUUGCAUUUAUGAUGGGAAUAGGUCCAUCUAAAAUACAAAUAUUGUGA